AUGGAUACUUAUGAUGGUUACCAUACUAUUUCCCUUCCUUUGCGCAAGGAAUUGGAAGCAGAAUGGACGGAAAAUGGCCAAGCGCUGCUCCAGCCUCAUCUUCUCAAGGCAUCCUGGGCCUUGUUACAUGGUCGGCUCUCGGAAACACAAACGGCAACAUUUGCAGUGUUGGAACAACUGGUAGCUCCGCUGAGGGAUGCAUGUUCGAUGUUGGUGGUGUCACCUGCGCAUUUGGAAACCUGGGAAAUAUCAGACAGUCCGGAUAGUCUCUUGGUGGAUGCGGCGAAGGAAACACAAAGAGAGCCUCUUGCGGGGACACAGGCCUCAACGGCUGUGGUCAUCCGGUGGCAUAAUGAACCGAAGGGUCCGACAUCUUUGCCCUGUGCGUUCAAUACUAUGAUUAUUUUGGAUUGUAGUAUAUCACCAGUCCAGGUAUCCAUGAAGUACUCCAGCACAUCUCUCACAGUAAACCAAGCCUGGUCACAAUUAACGGCUCUGGUUCACAUUCUGGAGCAAAUAGUUAUGAGUCCAGGGUUAUCACUCCGAGAGGCGGAUUUCCUGGGAUCCUAUAGCUCCAGAUUGAUCCGGCAAUGGAACAACCCGUACUCACUCGCACGACCACAAGUGUGCAUUCAUACCUUGAUCCUAGAGCAUUGCCGGAGCCAACCAGAUGCCGAGGCGCUGUGCGCUUGGGAUGGUUCCAUCACUUAUGCGGAGCUUGAUCAAUUUUCACAGGCAGUUGCACUGCAGCUGCUGUUACUUGGUGUUGGCCCAGAGUCGGUGGUUCCGCUCUUCUUCGAAAAGUCGCGCUGGACGGUGGUCGCCAUGCUGGGAGUCCUGAGAGCGGGAGGUGCUUUCGUUCUCCUCGAUCACUCUCACCCUAUGGCUCGUCUGGCUGAGAUCUGUUCGGAGGUGCAGGCAACAGUUGCCAUCGCGUCGGAGGCAUUGCAGGAACUGGGUCAGCAGCUGGGUCCUGGAGUAAUCACGGUUCUCGACACAAUCAAGAGCCAAGUCAAUAAAGGCAACAGUGCCUUGAACACAUCUGUCAAGCCUUCAAACGCCGCAUACGUCGCCUUUACUUCUGGGUCCACCGGAAAGCCCAAAGGAAUUGUGGUUGGACAUGAGAAUUUCGUUGCAAAUACUCUGUCUCAGAGCGCAGUCCAGAAUAUCAAUAACGAGACGCGGGCGCUUCAGUUUGCUUCAUAUGGAUUUGACAGCAGUAUUCUCGAAGCACUGAUGCCUUUGGUGGCAGGUGGUUGCGUCUGUAUACCCUCGGAACGGCAGCGGCUCAACGGUCUCGCAGAUGCUAUCCGGGUGCUGCGAGCCAACUGGCUGGAACUGACUCCAUCUGUUGCACGUUUUAUCAACCCCGAAGAGGUGCCGGACGUGAAAUCCGUCUUGCUUGUGGGUGAACCCAUGUCUCAAGACCACAUCACACAAUGGUCGGGGUCGGGGAAGAUUCAACUCCUCAACGCAUACGGCCCCGCCGAGUGCAGCGUGGUAUCCACUAUACAGGCGCAUGUACAACUAGAUGAUCCCAAUAAUAUCGGUCGUUCUUACAGCAGUCACUGUUGGAUCGUCAACCCUCAUGAUCAUGACCAGCUUGAGCCCCUGGGUGCGGUGGGAGAGCUACUCGUCAGUGGACCAAUCGUAGCCCGAGGAUAUCUCAACCAACCCCACCAGAAGUCUUUCAUCUCCAACCCUCGUUGGGCCAAGCGAUUCGGCAUUCCGUCAGGUGAACGUGUUUACAAAACUGGAGAUCUUGUGCGAUAUAACCUUGAGGAUGGCUCGUUGCGAUAUGUCGGGCGCAAAGACCGGGAGGUGAAAAUCCACGGGCAACGCGUUGACCUGCAGGAAAUUGAGCAUCAUGCCUCCAAGGUUCGGAAGGGAAUACUUGCGGUGGCCGAUGUAAUUCAAGUCAACAGUAGCAGUGCAGGGAAAUCACUUGCAUUAUUCAUUGCCGCUGAUAAUUAUGAGAGUCAUACAAUGAAGGAAAGCUUCGUUGUCCCCAUGAAUGACACACUCCUGGAUUUGGUGACCGACAUCAAACACUGGCUUCGUGACUGUCUACCGCCAUAUAUGAUCCCAACCAAGUUCACUUUUGUCAAUCGCUUUCCUCUAACGAGAACUGGCAAACUCGAUCGACGAGCCUUGAUCGACCUUGGAACAACAUCGAGUCACUCGCCAUCUGGAGAACACCCAUCAAAUCAGCGUGACAAACAAAAUGUCGACCUGGACCCAGAGCUUUUCGCCAAGGAGAUUACCCUGUGUUCAGUCUUUGCUGAGGUAUUGGGCUGUCUGGAAGCGAGCAUCGGCGCAGAAGAUGGUUUCUACGACUUGGGAGGGAAUUCAUUAGCUGCUAUCGAACUAGUAGCCUGUGCACGCAAGCGUGGUCUGGAGAUCACGGUGGCAGAUGUCAUCAGUCUUCAGAAUCCACGACAGAUCGCGCGCUGCACUGUGGAAAGCAAAGAACUUCACGAGAUCCCGCCAUUCUCUCUUCUUGAGAAUACCGAGGAGAGUCUAUCUACCGCGACCGCCCAAUGUGGUGUUAAAAGAGAAAUGAUUGAAGACAUUUACCCUUGCACCCCUCUGCAGGAAGGUCUCAUGCAUCUCUCCUUCUACCAACCUUCAUCGGAUCUGGGAUGCAUGGGAACAGCUUUGGCUCGUACAUCCCAUCCUCCGAACACGCAUAAUCCAACUUCAAGAUGGUCAAAAGCUUCAAGUAGUCAUCAAGAACAACCCAUCAUGCAAGAAUAUCUCAACCAUGGAUGCUUGUCAGCCCAUGAACUUGGGAGCCCCCUUGCGCGUGUGACAUUCCAUCCUGGACGAACUUCGGGCGGAUUGGACUCUGGCAUAUUCGUACUGACUAUGCACCACGCUCUUUUUGAUGGAUGGUCAUAUAUGCAGCUGCUCAAGGACCUCCAGAUGAUUUAUAAUGGGGACAUCCUGCCACCACGCCCUGCCUUCAACCAUGUCAUUGACUACAUCUCCAAGUUGAGCAUUGAGGAAGGUCGCUCUUUUUGGAGUGAAGAGUUCAAUGAUUUCGGAGCAACAACGUUCCCUGUCUCUCCCCGGCGGUCAUCAGCCGAGCCACACUGGCAAAUCAGAAGCCAGCAAAUCACUCUGGCCAAGUCAGAUACGAACUGGACGCUCGCCAAUAAAAUCAAAUUAGCGUGGUCUCUUGUGAUCUCUUCCCAAACUCACUCGAAUGAUGUGGUUUGCGGAUUGACAGUCUCGGGCCGGAACGCUCCAGUUCCAGAGAUCGAUCGUAUUGCUGGGCCAACUUUUGCAACAUUCCCCUUCCGCACACAGCUUGAUGACGAUAUAUCGGUGGAAGGUAUGCUGAUUCAAAUGCGACAGCACGACGUCUCUAUAAUGCCAUUUGAGCAUAUUGGACUCAGGCAUAUUGCGGAAUCAAGCUCAGACGCGGCCCUGGCUUGUGGAUUCCAGAAUCUUCUCACCAUCAGGUUGCAAUCCCUUCAGAUUGCUCCCGGUGCCUUGAUUGCUUUACCCGAAAACGAAGACUAUGACCUAAAGUUUGCGUCGUAUCCCCUAUCAAUCGUGGCUCAACAGGAAGGUGAACUGCUAGAGGUCAAGGCCGUCUUUAACAGCUACGUCAUAGGCCCUAAUAGGGUUGAGGCACUCUUAGAACAAUUUCAUACUUUGUUGCAACGAAUCCUCCUCGAGCCCAGAGCAACAAUGGGGGACCUGAAAAGCCAGCUUGCUCCCGAGUGGCAGCAAUUGGCAGCGAUAAACAAAAAGAGCCACCCCGAGCUACAUUGCGUACACGAUAUCAUCCAAGGCUUCGCUGUCACCCAGCCCAACUCAGAGGCCAUCUGCGCAUGGGAUGGCUCGCUCACCUAUGAAGAACUUGUCGCCUCCGCGCGGACAUUGGCAGGUCAUCUCCAAUCUUUUAAAGCAGGAUCGGGGCCCGGUGCGGUGAUCGGGAUUUGUGUCGAAAGAUCGAAAUGGUUCCCCGUUUCCAUCCUGGGUGUGUUGAUUUCUGGAGCCGCCAUGGUUUUGUUAGAACCCAAUUUCCCCAAGCAACGUUUGCAGCAUAUCUUGCGAGACGCCGGAGUGCGAACGAUGAUAUGCUCUCCGGUAUUCCAAGAGAAGUGUACUGGCUUGGUCGACGCUACGUUGGUUCUGACCCCCGAUAUCGUGACCCAGGCGGACUGCGAUGCUUGGACUCCAUCGGCAGUGUCAUACCAAGAUCCCAUGUAUGUUGCCUUUACAUCCGGAUCAACUGGUGCCCCCAAGGGUAUUGUGAUCGAACAUGGCAUGGUAUAUUCGAUGCUUAAGGCACAUAAGGACGUCAUCGGCGCAUCAAUUGCAUCCCGCGGCUUACUUUUCGCCUCGCCAGCUUUUGACAUCUGCCUCGCCGAGAUUAUACUUCUUCUCGGUGUGGGAGGAUGUGUCUGUGUGCCUUCAGAAUCUCAACGUAUGAACAGCCUAGCGAAGGCGAUGACAGCCAUGCAGGUUAAUAUGGCCAUGCUGACCCCGUCGGUGGCACGAACCCUCUCGCCAGCCGCAGUCCCUUGUCUCCAGACCCUGAUUCUUGGAGGGGAGCCACCAUCAGCCUCCGAUCUGGCAACCUGGGCUUCGCGGGUCCAGUUGCAUCAAUCCUAUGGGCCUGCUGAGUGUGCCAUGUACACGACCACCACCGCACCAUUGACCCCCAGCUCGGAUUUGGGCAACGUCGGAUCCUCCCCAAACGCGUCCUGCUGGAUCGUUGACCCGGAAAACCAUGAUGAACUUCAGCCUGUGGGCUCGGUGGGAGAAUUACUAAUCGGUGGGCCCAUUGUUGGGAGAGGGUACAUCAACCGAGCCCAGGAGUCUGCAGCGGCCUUCAUUCGUGAUCCUGCUUGGAGCGAGAAAUUCCCGUUAUUGCAAGGAGGCCGACUUUACAAGACCGGAGAUCUCGCUGUCUUGAACGCAGACGGGUCUUUAACUUUGGUUGGCCGAAAGGACACACAGGUCAAACUCAAUGGGCAGCGGAUUGAGCUACACGAGAUUGAACAUUGUGCCGAGAGAUACCAACAUGGUACCGCGGUCAUUGUGGAGUUGAUACGACCUGCCGGCAUCCAGAGACCCAGACUUAUCAUGUUCGUCUAUGACCCUACGACAGUCGAGAUGACGGUGGGCAUCAACCCUGCUUGCCAUAGCUACCAGGAACUGUUUUUCUCACCAUCAACACAAAAUCAAACUUAUCUUGAGGGCAUGAAACAUCAUCUCGCCCAACACCUUCCACCGUAUAUGAUACCUUCCUUCGUCCUGCCGCUCUCUCGUCUUCCCCUUAGCCCAAGUGGCAAGGUCGACCGUAAGACACUACGCCAGAUUGCAUCGGAAAUGGAUAGAGAGUCACUGGAAAUGUAUCUGGACAAUGCGAUGGCAGAGAAAAGAGAGCCAACCACAGAGCAGGAGCGAUUCGUCCGUGCAAGCUUCGCCACAGCCUUGUCAUUAAAUGAGGAGGCCAUUGGUAUGGAUGAUAGCUUCUUCGCUCUGGGAGGUGAUUCCAUCACUGCCAUGCGGGUUCUCACUUUGUGUCGAAGAAAAAACAUCACCAUCUCGAUGCAGGAUUUCCUCUCAAAGAACACUGUAUCCUUGUUUUGCACGCAUGCUGUUGUGGUUCAGGACCAGAUCUUCAAUUCCAAGCGCCAGAAACUUUUGAAUUCACUUGACUCAACUGGACGUGAAGAUCAACUUUUCCAGCUUGAGGACAUCGAUAACCAGCUAGAUAUGAUUCGAUCUCAGUUGAAUUUGUUGAAAUCAGAUUCCAUUGAAGAGAUCUACCCAUGCUCUGCAGCCCACAGUGGUGUAUUGGAGCUCUAUACGUCCAAUUACACGAGCACUGCAAUUUUUGAAAUUUCUCAUCCGGGAUCAGUUACUGCUAUGCAGGUUAGGAACGCUUGGAGUCAACUAGUGCACCGCCAUGUCGCCUUGCGGACGGUUCUCAUGAAAAAUCCAAAGGUUCACGCAGAUUAUCUCCAUGUAGUACUCGAUAAGGGACCAUCUCAAAUUGUUGCUCUUCCUCACAGCAAGAAUGCCCUUUCGGAACUGAAAAACUUCGAACCAGUCAAAUCCUGGGGCUUGUCACCACCACACCGGUUAAUUAUCGGUCAAGGCGAUUCUGGGGCAGUUUUCAUGAGGCUGGAAAUGGGUUGUGCCUUGAUUGACGCAUUUUCUAUGAACAUCCUACUAGAAGAGCUUUCUCUCAUCCUCCAGGGUCAGCCCUUGCCAGAGAAGGGAGUCUCGUAUCGUCAAUACCUGUCCCAUCUGUCCAGCCAGUCACCUGCAGAAACACUGCGAUACUGGUCAAAGGCGCUUUAUGGAAUUUACCCUUCCCACCUGCCCAGAGUACCUUCCAAGCAGUUCCCUGUGUCUGAACCUCGCUUGCAGAGCCGGGCCCUCCCACUUGCGCAAUCAAAGCGUCUAGAUUCCUUCUGGCGCUCCAAUCAUCUCACUAUCACCAACGUUUUCCAACUUGCAUGGGCCUUAACACUCGCCCACUAUACCAACUCCCGCGAUGUGUGCUUCGGAACUAUCACUUCAGGGCGUGAUACACCCGAACUUGAAGUAUGGAACAUCGUUGGAUCUUUAUUCAACGUCCUUCCGUGUCGAAUUGCGAUCGAUCCCAUGCGGACGGUGCUAGAUACCCUACGACAGAACCAGGAGGAUAUUCAGGGUCGAAAUGACCACCAAAACUGCUCUAUACCAGAUAUGAUCCGCAAAUGUGGAAUAAGGGGCUGGGACAAAGAUCAGCAUUUGUUUAAUACAGUUCUGACGGUGCAGAACCCAUUUUCAACACAAGCAUCCCCUGCGAAGGAUGGGAGCAACGAGAUCGAUAUUAAACUCAUCGAUUUGGAGGAUGCAACAGAGUAUGACCUUUGUGUGGCUAUCCUUCCCUCCCCUUCCCACUUCAAGGUGGAGCUGCGCUACUGGUCAACGACCGUAUCUGAGGAAUACGCUUCGGAUAUCAUGGAUCGCCUUUUCGAUCAGCUGGAACAGAUUGUGCAUCAUGCGACCAAGCCAUUGACCGUCAUCACCAGCAUUGGAUGA